AUGGCCAAAGUGAAAACUGAAAAGAGCAAUCCUUCUUCUCUUUCUUUCUGCAAUUCUUGUACUAAUGGUGGUGGAUCCAAAAUGCCACCGAAGCUCCCAUCAACACUCCCAUACCUGAUCCUCCUCUCUGUCAUCUUCUUCUACCUCUACUCGAACUUCCUUCUCCCUCACUCCUCCUCCGCCACAACCAAAGCCACCACUUCUCCUCCUCCUUGCAAUCUCUUCAGAGGCAAUUGGGUACUAGACCCCAACAAAUCCACAAAACCUCUUUACAACGAGUCCUGCCCAUUUCACAGAAACGCAUGGAAUUGCCUUAGAAACCAGAGAGAAAAUAUGGUUUUGAUUAAUUCUUGGAGAUGGGUGCCUAAAGAUUGUGACUUGUCAAUGAUUGAUCCUGAGAGGUUUCUUGGAUUGAUGAGGAAUAGGAAUAUUGGGCUUGUUGGAGAUUCUUUGAAUGAGAAUUUUUUAGUUUCUUUUUUGUGUAGUCUUAGAGUUGCUGAUGGCAAUGCUAAGAAGUGGAAAAAGAAAAGAGCUUGGAGAGGUGCUUAUUUCCCCAAAUUCAAUGUCACCGUUGCUUAUCACCGGGCUGUUUUGCUUGCCAAAUACGAGUGGCAGCCAAAACCGCCUACCGUGAAUGGUGAACUGAAGGGAAUAUAUCGUGUAGAUGUUGAUAUACCGGCAGAGGAUUGGGCCAGCAUCACCGACUUCUAUGAUGUUCUCGUCUUUAAUACUGGUCAUUGGUGGGGUUAUGACAAAUUUCCAAAAGAGACACCUCUUGUUUUUUAUCGUGCUGGGCAACCAAUACUUCCUCCCCUUGGAUUGUUUGAUGGACUUAAAGUUGUUCUUGAGAAUAUGGUCUCAUACAUCGAAAAAGAAGUUCCUAGCAAGACACUCAAGUUUUGGCGGUUGCAAUCACCACGCCAUUUUUAUGGUGGUGAGUGGAAUCAAAAUGGCAGUUGCUUGCUUAAUGAACCCCUCAAGGAAAAUGAGCUGGACUUGUGGUUUGAUCCCAGCAACAACGGAGUGAAUAAAGAGGCAAGAAAAAUUAAUCAUGUGAUUGAAGAGACAUUGCAAGGCACAGAUAUCCGAUUGCUGGAUCUUACUCAUUUGAGUGAGUUUAGAGCAGAUGCCCACCCCGCAAUUUGGUUAGGAAAGAAGGAUGCUGUGGCCAUCUGGGGUCAGGACUGCAUGCAUUGGUGCCUACCUGGUGUCCCUGACACAUGGGUUGAUAUCUUGUCAGAGCUGAUUCGUAAUAGCUUGCAGAUGGGGUGA